AUGGCUCGACGCAAGGUCGCCGACCUCCAGGCCCGGCUCGCGCGCGACGGCUUCGUGCACUACGCCGCGAGCGACGCCUGGUGCGAGGCCGCGGCGUCCGACGCGCGCGCGGCGCUCGACGCGGCCCUGGCGCCCGGCGCCUGGCUGCCCGAGUGCCUGCGCCCGCGCGUCGGCACGAACAUCCGCACGCGGACGCGGCGCUGGGACGUCGCGGUCGACGCGUCCGCCGCGGUCGCGGCCGCGGUCGCGGCCGCGGCCGCGCCCGCCGCGGACCUCGCGGCCGUCGUCGGCGACGACGCGGCGCUCGUGCAGCUCAGCGUCGUCGCGAGCGACCCGGGCGCGCCGGCGCAGCAGGCGCACUGCGACACGGCCUUCUCGCCCGGGCCGCCGCUCUACACGUUCCUCGUGGCGCUGCAGGACGUGUCGGAAGGGAUGGGGCCCACGAGCGUCUGGCCGGGGACGCACGCGGCGGCCUUCCACGCCAGGUCGCCCGCGGAGCGCGCGCGCCACCUCGCGCUCGAGGCGCCCGCGGGCGGCGGCGCCGCGCGCCGCGGCGACGCGCUCCUCUUCGACAGCCGCGUCUACCACGGCGGCGGCGCGAACGGCGAGGCGCGGCGCCUGCUCCUCUCCGCGACCUUCAAGAGCGCGGCGGCGCACGCGGGCGCGGACGCGGGCACGACGGACUCCCUCCUGCCCCACCUCGCGGGGCGCUGGACCCUGGGGGACUUCCUCGCGCGCGCCGCGUGA